UUCUCAUUGACGUCAUGGCUUGGAAUACCUUCAAAGUAAUAUAAUUUUGUUUCAGAGGGUGUUUUGAUUUCUUGAUAACAGCAUCAUCAUCAAGCAGAGUCGGUUAUGUAAACAUAUUAAGUUACGCUGUGAAACUAGGCCAAUGAUGGAACAUGCACAAUAAUUGGUAACGAUUUACAUUAGUCUGCAUCACACCAAAUAAUGAUUAAAUUGCCACAUAUAUAGUAAUAGUGCUAUUUAUGAUCAAAUUCGCAUUCUUAUGUCAAAUUGAACUUGGGAACGCAGCCGUCUUAGGUUAAGCACACGUUGGCCUCAAUGUGAUUAUUUUUCAGUUUUAUUGCAAUAAUGAAGGAACAAUUAAAUGCGAUGAUACAAAUUAAUCACAAUCAUUUUGCAAUGUUGUUAUGCCAUGUUGAUAGUGAAACUGUAGCUUAAUGAAUGCUUUAUAUGUGUAAUGUAAAUUGACCAAUAGGCAUAAUUGGAUACAUAAUUUGUUUCAAUACAGACGUUCCACUAAUCUUUUUCUAAAAACAUGAAUAUUCAAUGGAAUGUUUAGUCAUACACAAGUUCAAAGUGCAAACACAUUUCAAGGCAAGGAUGAAGAUUUUGUAUGCCUUUAUUUAUUUUCAGCAACCUACGUGGCCUGUUACAGAUCUAAUGCAUUUACGCACACUAAUCUACUGGUGAAUAGGCCUACAUUAACGUAUUUUUUUGUAGGCAAAUCUAAGAUUUAUUCAAAAAAAUUAAAUACAGAUAACUUGUUUUCUUUCAAUCUGGGUGUUUUCAGUUUGUUUAGGAAUUAGACAUCUGGAAAUGUACAUUCAUCAACAAGACAUUUGUUACCCGUCAGGUUAAUAAGUGCUCCCUAUGGUUGGAAGACAGACGAUCCGCAUGGAUAGUGGAAAUGGCCCAGUGACAGUUAUGGAUGAGAGUCCCACAUCUAGCCCCAGCCCCAGUCCUGACAUGCUGACCACCGACAGUCGGCGUCCAGAGGCCCUGCAGCUCUCCAGGGUGGUCCAGGCCGGUGGGCUCUGUGGCAGAGGACGGCCGGCAGCAACCAACGCAGCGCGGGAGAGGAGUCGAGUGCAGACCCUGAGAAGCGCGUUCCUUGAGUUACAGAGGACUCUGCCGUCGGUGCCACCGGACACCAAACUGUCCAAGCUCGACGUGUUGAUUUUGGCCACCACGUACAUUGCGCAUCUGACUCAGACCUUGCAAGAGGAAGGGAUGGAUGAGGGAGAUAGCACUAGACAAACAGAGGCCUUACGCUCGCUGAAAGGUGAUGGUUACCUGCACCCUGUGAAAAAGUGGCCGAUGCGAUCCAGGUUAUACGUCGGAGCCAGCGGUCAGUUUCUGAACAAUUCAAAACAGACAGAAAAUCGAGGUGAAUCAUCGUCAACCUCAAGGACAUAAAUCUUUCCAUUGCAUAAGGAACUUCUCAUUCAGACGACCAUUAAUUAUGAAGACUCUUUCAGCAGAAUCCACCCAUGAGGACUUUUGAAAUGAAUAGCAGACCGUGGUUCGUCGCCUGACAUUAUACUUUUUAUUCAUCAAACAAUUGAAGUAUCUGCUUUUGACGUUUCAUAUCAUGUAAAGGGGGCAGUCACGAGACAGUCAACUCUUUCAAUUGUAGGAAACACAUUGUAAAUUAAUAUAUUAUGGGAUUUAUGUAUAUAACAUUUGAGAAAGCCUAAAUAGUGUUUCUCUGUUGUUAUUUUGGCCUUGCUCUGCUCUGUUUUCUGCAGUUAUGUACUUGUUGGAGGUAUUACCGUGUAUACUUUUAUUUUAAAUUCCAUGGGUAAUGAUCUUUCGGGCUUGACUUGUUGGCUAUGCACUUUCAGUUAAAACAUUUGCACUAAAUGCAUGUGUGAAUAACUUAACAUCUGUCAUGUGAAGUGGUCUGUCAGAAUCUCAACAAUGGUAGGAGCCUCUUCAUCUCCCCUUCUUUCUUACGGGAAUGGUUGUAAAUGUGUUUGUUGAUAAUGGCUUGAGAAAUAAAAAGAAUGACAUGUCUCCCACUCCGUAGGUUGUAAAUACGUUAACUGAGAUGUAUUAGUUGUAAGUGAAUAAACAUGUUCUCU